AUGGGACGUUUCAAAUUUAAAUCAAAUUUUGACAGACAUUAUAGAAUUCACACUGGCGAAAAACCUUAUGGAUGUGACGUGUGUCAACGCAGAUUUAAUGAGAGGAGUAGUUUAAAAACACAUCGUAGAACUCAUACUGGUGAAAAACCUUAUGAAUGUGACGUGUGUCAACGCAGAUUUAAUGAGAGGAGUAGUUUAAAAACACACCGUAGAACUCAUACUGGUGAAAAACCUUAUGAAUGUGACGUGUGUCAACGCAGAUUUAAUGAGAGGAGUAGUUUAAAAACACAUCGUAGAACUCAUACUGGUGAAAAACCUUAUGAAUGUGACGUGUGUCAACGCAGAUUUAAUGAGAGGAGAAGUUUAAAAACACAUCGUAGAACUCAUACUGGUGAAAAACCUUAUGAAUGUGACGUGUGUCAACGCAGAUUUAAUGAGAGGAGUAGUUUAAAAACACACCGUAGAACUCAUACUGGUGAAAAACCUUAUCAAUGUGACGUGUGUCAACGCAGAUUUAAUGAGAGAAGUAGUUUAAAAACACACCGUAGAACUCAUACUGGUGAAAAACCUUAUGAAUGUGACGUGUGUCAACGCAGAUUUAAUGAGAGGAGAAGUUUAAAAACACAUCGUAGAACUCAUACUGGUGAAAAACCUUAUGAAUGUGACGUGUGUCAACGCAGAUUUAAUGAGAGGAGUAGUUUAAAAACACACCGUAGAACUCAUACUGGUGAAAAACCUUAUCAAUGUGACGUGUGUCAACGUCGAUUUGUUCAGAAGAGUAAUUUUUUAAAACACCGUAGAACUCACACUGGCGAAAAACCUUAUGAAUGUGACGUGUGUCAACGUCGAUUUGUUCAGAAAAGUAAUUUUGUAAAACACCGUAGAACACACACUGGCGAAAAACCUUAUGAAUGUGACGUGUGUCAACGUCGAUUUGUUCAGAAGAAUGUUUUAACAAGACACAUGAGAAUUCACACUGGCGAAAAACCUUAUGAAUGUGACGUGUGUCAACGUCGAUUUGUUCAGAAGAAUGGUUUAACAAGACACAUGAGAAUUCACACUGGCGAAAAACCUUAUGAAUGUGACGUGUGUCAACGCAGAUUUAAUGAGAGGAGUAGUUUAAAAACACACCGUAGAACUCACUCUGGUGAAAAACCUUAUGAAUGUGACGUGUGUCAACGUCGAUUUAAUACGAAGAGCACUUUAUUAUCACAUCAUUUAACUCAUACUGGUGUAGAAAACCUAUGA